AUGAACCCUUUUUUCGAGAACAAGGAGUACUCCAAGGAGUAUCUCCAAAUCCACGAAGAUCGAUGCAAGAAGCUCCCGGUACGCUCCCAGCGACAAGAGUUUCUUGACAAGUACCACUCGGAGCAAGUCACCAUUGUAGUGGGUGAUACGGGGUCGGGUAAGACAAUACAAGUUUCGCAAUUUGUGUUAUUUGACGAGUGGGCAAGCGACCUACGUGUGGCUUGUACCCAACCACGAGUAGUGGCAGCAACCAGCGUCGCAACCCGUGUUGCUCAAGAAUUGGACGUGCCUCUGGGCGGUAUUGUCGGGUACAAGGUCAGAUUCGACAACAAAAGUUCAGGCUCUACGCGUCUUGGAUUCCUUACGGAUGGCCUAUUACUCCAGCAAUAUGCUGGCGACGCCAAUUUCUCCAAAUAUGCCUGUAUCAUGAUAGAUGAAGCUCACGAGCGAACAACCAAUACCGACAUGCUGCUUGCGCUUCUCAAGAAGCUCAUUCAAAAGCGAAAGGACCUCAAGGUUUGCUCAGUCUACUCCCAACUCGGCUUUCACCUGUUGUUGGAUAGAGGCGCGGAUCUGUGCCGCCAAGCCCCCACGAAGAACCUUGGUCUCCUCUUUCAGUGUCUCCAUCGCAUCACCUUGGUCUUUCAAUGCCUUCUCCAGAUCUAA